UUCUUUGAUUCUGGACAAGCAAUGUACGUGCCGUUGUGCAAUACACAAUCCAAAUGGUCAUUGUUAUAUUGAUAUUAAAGGAGUGAACUCUAAGACUGCGAAUAUAAGAACUUCCAUAAGCAUUAAUAAUAAUAAUAAAGUUCAAAUGAAUACCCAAAAGAAUAUACAAAAGAAUGUACCGAAAAAUACACCAAAACCACCAGAGCAAAGUGUGAAAAAUGAUGAGCCAACGAAGGUUAUAAAACAGUCUGCCUCCAACGAAGCUGUUAAAUCAUCAGAUAGUGUUUCCGAUAUUGACAAGGACCUACGUGAAAAGUUAAUGAACUUUAAAUUGGUUUUGAUUAAUCAUCGACAACAGGAGAUAAUGAAUGAAAAACUGAAAAAAAUGGAAGACUACAGGUUAAGAAAUGCUGCAGCACAGGUAAAAACACCACGUCGGGUUACUUUUGCCGAACCGGAAAGUUCUGAAUCCAGUGAGGUUAGCACAACAGAUGAUUCCGUUACAUCAAUGGAUACAGAUGAAGAGAAUUACAUACAGAAUCCUAUGGAAUCGAUUAGAGACUAUGAAAAUGAAUUGCCCUAUCGGAUUUCACACACGCUUCCAUUACGUGAACUUGCACCAGAUGUUCCCCGUUUAAAAAAUUUCAAUAAUGCAAAAAUGCCCGUACCAAAAAUGAGGAACAUCAGACAUCCGCGUAAGAACGCCAGUUUUUCCAAUAAAGAACUGCGUGAAAUUGAGAGGACGAAUAAGAUUUUGCUGCAAAAAAUUGUCAGUCAAAAGCCAACGUUUACCACGAGUGGUCAGAGUUCUAAAGCUUCGGUCAGAUUUGCGUCCACAGCUUCCAUUAAUCGAAGAAAACAGCAACGUCAAAUUGAUUUGGAUAACCAAAUAUUGAAGAGGAAAAUUGAAGCGAUAGCUGUACGAAAGCCUGUAAUACUAAAAUGAAUCAAAGAGCUUUUAAUAUAAUUCCGAAAUACGUUACUAUUGACCUAUUUUGUCUUACCUAUGUAAUAUGUUACGGAAUUAUAUUAUUAAUCUUAGAACGAUUG